UUUGCGGAACGGGAAACAGGAAGGAAGGACUCCAGGGGUUCGGGCCUCGGCUGCGGACUCCUCGAGGUCCCCAGUGCCCCGCGUAACAACAAGCUCAUGCCGAGUUCCUCCAGCCCUGCUCUUUUCCUCCAGUCAUGCUUCAUCCCUCCGAGCCCUGGUUUCCAAGUGGAGGGGGCAGGGAGUACCUGCUAGAAAAGUCUGGGGCGCCAAGGUCUGCCCCAGGACUCUAGGCUCCAUCCCAGGGUCGAGGCCCCGCCCCUCAGUAGCUUAUCCCUAGCCGGGGCUCCCCCCGUGGGAACGGGGACCAGCUGGCCGGAAGCGCCAAACUGCGUCCCUGUCGAGCCCCGGGGAUCAAUCAGGCCGAGGAGUUAAUUAUCACCGGGGGACUGACUCUGGGCAGCGUGACCUGAGGCCAGAGGGGAGUACUCCAUGUACCAUCCACGAGAGUUGUACCCCUCUCUGGGGACAGGCUACCGCCUUGGGCCCCCCCAGCCGGGGACAGAUUCCAGCUUCCCGCCUGCCCUGCCAGAGGGCUACCGCUACCCUGAUCUGGACACUCCCAAGUUGGAUUGCUUCCUCUCCGGGAUUGAGGCUGCUCCCUGCACCCUGGGCGCUGCCCCACCCCUGCCCCCGCUGCCCCCAGCCCUGGGCACUGAGCCAGCCCCCCCAGCCCCUGAGGCCCUUCAUUCACUCCCCGGAGUCAGCCUGAGCCUGGAGAACCGGGAGCUGUGGAAAGAGUUCAAUUCUGUGGGAACAGAGAUGAUCAUCACCAAAGCUGGGAGGCGCAUGUUUCCUGCUUGCCGAGUCUCAGUCACUGGCCUGGACCCCGAGGCCCGCUACCUGUUUCUUCUGGAUGUGGUUCCAGUGGACGGGGCUCGCUACCGCUGGCAGGGCCGGCGCUGGGAGCCCAGCGGCAAGGCGGAGCCCCGCCUGCCUGACCGCGUCUAUAUUCACCCCGACUCUCCUGCCACGGGUGCCCACUGGAUGCGGCAGCCUGUGUCUUUCCAUCGUGUCAAGCUCACCAACAGCACCCUGGACCCCCACGGCCAUCUGAUCUUGCACUCCAUGCACAAGUACCAGCCCCGCAUCCACCUGGUGCGGGCCGCCCAGCUCUGCAGCCAGCACUGGGGGGGCGUGGCCUCCUUCCGCUUCCCCGAGACGGCAUUCAUCUCUGUGACAGCCUACCAGAACCCGCGGAUCACACAACUGAAGAUCGCCGCCAAUCCCUUUGCCAAGGGCUUCCGGGAGAACGGCAGAAACUGUAAGAGGGAGCGAGAUGCCCGUGUGAAGAGGAAACUGCGGGGCCCAGAGCCUGGAGUGGCAGAGGCCUAUGGGAGCGGAGAUGCACCAGGCGGUCCCUGCGACUCCACGCUGGGUGGGGACGUCCGUGAGUCAGAUCCAGAGCAGGCCCCGGCCCCCCGCGAAGCUGCCCUGGCCCCAGCUCCUCUGUGCGGAGGCUCCAGCGCCGAAGCCUACCUGCUGCACCCCGCGGCUUUUCACGGGGCCCCCAGUCACCUUCCAACCAGGAACCCCAGCUUCCCUGAGGCUCCAGACUCGGGGCGUCCAGCGCCCUACUCAGCUGCGUUCCUGGAGCUGCAGCCUGGGCCAGGGGUCUCAGGGUACCCAGCCGCUGCUCCCCCAGCACCCUUUGCCUCACACUUCCUCCAGGGGGGCCCCUUCCCCAUUGCCUACCCCGGCCCUGGGGCUUACCUGGAUGUGGGCUCCAAACCAAUGUACUGAGGUCUCCCUGGGCCCUCUGCCUCCCCCCACCCUACCCCAUCUUCCAUCACAGACCUCUGCCGCCCUUCCCCCAGGCCUGUGGCCCCAUCCCUUCCACUGGCCCCAUCCCCCACGCCAAAUGGCUGCCUGGGGCCUCCCCCACCCCACUUCACACUUUGAUUUCACUCCCACCCACCCUGGCUUCAAAGCUCUGGCUAAGCUGCUGGGAGUCCAGCUGGGGCCAGCUUCCCCUUCCAGACUCUCACCUCGGUGUGAAUGGAGGGAGGCUCUGCCUGGCCAAAUGGGGCCACUGCCCAACACUCCCACCUCCUGGGCCUCACCCUUGGGCUCUGCAAGUUCUACCCCCUCGCCCCAGUGCAAGCCACACCAGUCCACUGUCAGGACCAGAGUAUUUUUGUUAAUAAAACUCCAAAGACCUC